AUGGCUAAAAAGAAAGUUGCUCCCCAAGCUAAAGACCACGUAGAAGAAGCCCCUCAAUCCCUAGACGGAAGCCAAAGCCACAAUAACCAAGCCAAACCAAUGCAUGACUCUGCAGAGAAGCUGCAGAGCCUCAAGGCCCUCAACUCUCUGCUUCUCAAGGAAACUUUUGAGCGGAGACAACAAGUCGAGUCCUUGGAACAAGCCAAGGAGACCUUGCAGGUCGAGUUGGCUCGGUCUGGGGAGGAAAGGAAUGUCCUGGAGACCGAGUUGACUCGGGCCAGUGAGGAGGGUUUUGGGUUGGAGUUGGAGAGGAGUGUGAUUUGUGCUUUUAUGGAGACCCAGAUUGGUGAAUUGGGCGCUGGGUUUUACGGGUUGGUGAGAGAGAAGGCAGAGAUUGAUGAAAUGAAGCUUGAAAGAGAGGCCGAGAUUGGAUUUUUGAAGAAAGAGGUCAAUGAGCUGAAAGCUAAUCUCGAAAAUGAGAGAGAUGGGCUGAGUCGGGUGUGCUUGGAGAGGGAUUUGCUUAAGACGGAGAUUGAUGACGUUGCUAAGGAGGCUAAUGGGUUGAGAGAAAAAGUAGUGGAGAUGGAGAGAAAAGAGAGGACAACUUUAGGUGAGAUUAAAAAACUGCAAAUGGAAUGUGAAGGGUUAUUGAAGGAAAAGUUGGAGAUGGAAAGUGUGGUCAAGGGCUUGAAGAGGGAAAAAGAAUCGGUUGAAUGGAAUUUGGACGAGUCGAUAAGGGUUAUCGAGAGGUUGAGGAGUGAUAUUGAGAGGGUUUUGAGGGAGAAGGGUGAGGUUGAGAGGGAGAGAAGUGUGCAAGAACUGAACAUUGGUGAAUUGGAGAAAAAAGUGAGGGAAUUGAAUGAGAUUGUUAUGAAUUUGAGGCAGUAUGAGGAAGUUUUGCGCUUGAAAGUUUUUGAGUUUGAAAAGAAAAUUGCUGAGGCUAUGGAUAAGGAAAAGGAGAUGAAUCUGGAGAUUAAUGUCUUGAUGGUCUUGGAUGCUACUACCAAGGAAUCAGAGAUUAGGCAGCACAGGAUUCAGGAACUGAUUCGAGAGAGAAAUGAGAUCGUGGAAUUGAAGCUGAAACGAGAAAGUGAGAUUGUUGAGCUGAACGAAGAGGAUGGCAGACAAAGGAAUGUUAUAUCUACAUUGCGAGAGUCCUGUAGACAUGAAGAAGAGAAGAACAAGCAAUUAAUGUCUGAAGUUACUCAAUAUAGGGAUGCUUUUGAUCGAGUUACGCUUGAGAGGGACGAGAUGCAGAAGGGUUUCUAUGAGGAGAACAAGAAAGUGAAAAAAAUGGAGGCUUUGGUUUCAGAGAAGGAAAGGGGGAUUCAAGAAGCCGUGGAAGAGCUGGGCCGGAUGAGGAGGGAAAACGAGAAUCUGAUGGAGAGAAAUAAGGCGAUGGAGAACACUCUGGAAGUUUUGGUGAAGGAAAAGGAUUUGGUACAGAAGAACCUUGUCGAGGCCCAACGAGGAAUUGAUGAAUUGAUGGCUAAAACGGAAUCGGCAGGCAUUAAUACAAAUCGGGUGUUGAGCAUGGUGAAGAACACUGCGGCAUCGGUGUGUCAGUCUCAAGAUGAUAUGGAUGGUAAGAAAGAAGUAGUUAUCAAUGAGCAGAAUAUAGAGGAAGAGAUUCAGGCAUAUGUGGUGGAGUUGGAUGCCAUCAAGAGUGCUUUCAGAAACAAGGAGAAGACAGUGGAGGAUAUGAGGAAACAGCUUGAGUUUCUACAGAACUCCGUGGUUGAGGAACAAAGGAAGAAGAGUUUCUGGACUGUUGUUUCUUCUGCAACAACAAUUUUUGCUGCAGCGUCCGUUGCUUACGUUGCUAGAGGUCGCUGA